AUGCCACCGAUCCGCACGUUCAAGUCGGCGCCUAUAAACCCUCACUCGGCGGCGACUAAUCCGACUCCGACGUCAACAGGUGAAGCCCAAGAACAACAAGCGCGACAGGAUAGAGAUGCUGUUUCUGAAGAGAAAUCUAGGCAUGAACGGCCGGCAUGGGCGGCGCCGGCGACACCUGCCAAAGCAAGUAUAGGAGGAGACAGCAGUUACCCAGCAGCAAGACCAGGCGCGCCUGCAACGCCCGCGCCGACAUCUACAUCAUCUAGUACAAGUACAUCAGGAAAUAUACUAUACACACCCACAGGGACACAUCCACCCUCAACCUCAACGGAUCCAGCCUCCUUGCCUCCUGCUCCGCAACCCGGCUCCCGACCUAUCCCUACCUCCCCUUGGGCCCCUUCAUCAUCAUCAACAUCAACAUCAUCAUCACCAUCACCAGCAAGAGGUGCAGGCGCAGGGGUCCCACCACCCCCCAAAGUCGGCGAACAAGUCCAACCAGCGUCAUACUGCGCUCCUUCUCCUCAACAGCAGCAGCAGUACCAGACGAUACCGAACUCAACCUCCACGCCGUAUUUGUCGACGUAUCAACCCCCUACCUCAAACACAUCUACGUACACGGCUGGAUCUGCGCCGGAAUUGCCGCUGUCCCAACCCGAACAGUCGAAUACUACUACUAGCAGUAUUUUUGAAACGUUUGGAGGAGGAGGAGGAGGAGGAGGCGAAUGGGAAGGGACGAUGGGCCAGGAUAUACUCAACACGGCAAAGUCGUGGAUGGUGUCGGCUGGAAACAAAUUGGCGGAAGCGGAGGAGGAGGUGUGGAAGAUGGUUAAUAAGAAGACUUAA